AAUGAACAGAAAUUAUACGCUUUAUGAUGCAACAGACGAGAAUUCAGAGGAUUCUAAUUCAACGCUAUCCAAUUCCCCUACAAAGAGUCAUACAAAUGAUUAUAAAUUAUGCGAAAAUUUCCAUAGAAAGUUAAAAUUUAAAGAGUGUCAAGUCGACAAAAAGAGACUGACCAAAAGAAAGAAGAAACGGAGUCUACUCACUUCUAAAAAAGUUCAGAGUCGUUUAGUAGCAGAAGAUCCAAAGAGUCACGGCGAUCAGUUUAAUACAUUAACAACAAAAAAAGAGAAUGAAAUGAAUAAUAAGAGGGUAUCAAUCUUAGACGUCGGCAUUUCAUCUGAAGAUCAAAGGAAAAUGAUGAAAAGGAUGGCAGAACUUAAAAAUUUCUCAGAGAAAACCUACAAGAACUUUAUGAGAGAUUGUCAGGAAGCUAGGGAGAGUCAAACUACUAGUCGUUCAUCCUUUCAAAAUAAAUUUGAGGGAUUUCGUACCGUCAAUGAAGAAAAGAGUAUGCAAUUGAAAGAGAAAGCGGACAAUUCGUUCUUCCCCAAAGUUCUAGUGUUGGGUAAUCGCUGCAGUGGAAAAACAACGCUAAUAAAUCGACUCACUUUAUUAAAUGGCCAAGUAUCUAUUCGUUCGAUAUCAACGGAUUCCCGUCGUAUUGUUUGCUGUUCAACUACUGAAAUAACUUAUAAUAUCGACGACUGCAAUAAAGGUAUUAUAUUUUGCGAUUUGGUUAACGUGAAAGUAGAAAGAGACCUUUUAAAUGCAAUCAAUCAAUGUGAUCUAGUCGUAAUCGUUUAUAAGACCAAUAGUCUUCAUCAGUUGGAGUCUGUACAUGAUUUUUGGAUAACAGAAGUCGAAAAAUGCGAUAAAAAAAAAUGUAUCAUUGUAGUUGGAAUGGUCAACUUGAAUGUAUCUUACGAAGACGUCGUCAAUCGACUAGAUACCUCGCAGCGGGAUGAACAAGAAGAAACACUGAACGCACAAAAAGAUAGUAUUCAAUAUGUUAAGUGUGAUGUUAAUGAUAAAGAAUCAAUUAUGGAUGUAUUUAAAACAAUAAAUGAUUCGUUACCCGUUAUUAACCGUGACAGAAAUAAGUUUUGUUGUAUAUCGUAA